AUGCUCGGUGUAAAGAGUUAUGCCUAUGGGGGCGCAACAAUUGACAACAACGUCGUUCAAGGCUACGAAAAAUUCAAUACUAUCCCUGUACUUGGAGUUCGUCAACAGAUUGGGAUCUACUUGAAUAGCAGUGGGGUAAACAAGAUCGAUUUUGCAAAUACUCUCUACAUCUUAUGGACUGAUGGCAAUGAUUUUAUUGACAAACCAACGUUAACCCCAUCUGCCAUUGUGACCAGUCUGAUGAAUGGAGUCAAAGAUGUACUCGCGAUUGGUGCCAAACGUAUUCUUGUCUUCAAUUCAGUACCAGCUCAAUCUGUUCCAGCUAGCGAGGGGCUCGCACCCCCAGCUGUUUUAAGCUAUCUUACAAGCUUGUUUAAUAAUGCUCUUAUUGCUGGCCUUGGAAUAAUUCAACAGAAUAAUACACAAGCAACACUUAGCAUUUUCGAUAUCAAUUUACUUGUCUCGAAAAUUGUUGCGAGUAAGUCGAGUUACUUCUCAAACACAACCGCCAAUUGUUGGAAUUGUGUGAAUGCGACCACAAUUGUGAAGCACUGUGAAAAUCCUAAACAAUAUGUCUUCCUCGAUCUGCAGCAUUUUACCAGCCGUGUGGGUGAACUAAUUCCCAAUGCUAUUCGUCAAUUUCUGUUUACCUCAUACGAGAUCAAUAGCUCUGCCUAUCUUGUUCGUCCAACUUAA